AUGAGCAGUGGUGGCGGCGGCAGCAGCAGCAGCAGCAUGACAACUGCAGAAGGAGAUGAGGUUCAUGUGAAUGUGAUCCUACUACCUGGGUUCAAAUUCUGCCCCACCGAUGAGUUGCUGGUUUGCUACUACUUGAAGAACAAGAUACAGGGCACCGACUCCCAUUUCCGCUCCGUCAUCCCUGAGAUCGAUGUCAGCAAGUACGAGCCCUGGGAUAUUCCUGCUUUCUUUCCAGAAGUUCAAGAGAAGGAAUGGUUCUUCUUCAGCCGGCCCAAAUACAAGGACAUCAACAAGCCUCGCCGCAACCGGACCACGUAUAAAGGCUUUUACAAGAGCACAGGAGGUGAGAGGGAGAUCAGGGCUGAAGAAUCCCAAGCUGUGAUUGGGAAGAAGAGGUUUCUGACCUUCCACGAAGGUCGUGCACGUGGGCCGAAAGCAACGAAGACCGAUUGGGUAAUCCAUGAGUUUACAGAAACUGAGGUGGGUUCCUUUGUCCUCUGCCUCCUGAAGAAAAGGUCACCUAGUUAUAAGAAGCCGAAGGGUGAUCCAAUCUGCGGCAAAUUAGCUGAUUCAGGUGCUAACUCGGAAGACAAUCAAGCUGCUGUAAGUGAUGCGAUUCCAGAGCCAGUGGAACAUCUGGGAUACAAAGGGCGAGGAGAUGUUAAUAGCUCUGAGCCUCCAGAUGGUUCUCGUCUUAUAGACAGUAAUAACAUUUUGAGAUUUGAUGAUGGUGAUGAUGAAACUGGUGACGUGAAAUUCCCGGAUUUGGAUGAUCCAGCUGCAUCUGCUAGGGUUCUAGAGUUGCGUGCUGAGAUGGAAGAAAUUCUGAAUUCACCCCCUCAAACACCGCACCAGACACCACAAGAUUACCUUUGCUCUACAUUCCUGUCAUCAGGAAACAUACAGCUGGGAGCUGUUCUGCAAGCCAAUGGCACUAGUGAUGAUUGUAAUAUAAUACAAUCACCAUUUGGAGAUAAUAAUUAUUCUUAUGCUGAUAAGAAUGAUAUUUCAACCUGUGAUGAAGGUGAACCUUAUAGCUUCACCGUGAAUGAUUUCGAAAACAAAGUUGCAGAUGAUAUGUCUCAAGAGAUAUGUGUUCAGCCACAAAAGGACAUGGAUCUACUUCAGUUACAUGUCGCACAACAGUCACGAACAUACACAAAAUUCGAAGAUUUUAUGGAUGCCAAUAUUUUUUAUGAUGAAUGCAUAGAGUGGCAGCCUCAAAUUGGAGAUGAAUAUUCACAUGUUAAUUGCUGCAAUGCAUUUGAUUUGGAAAAUCAAUAUACAGAUAACAUGACUCUGGAGCCAUGUGUUCGACCAGAAAAAUAUAUAGGAAGCGUUCUGCAUGCCGAUAUUUGUGACAACGGCUACAACAAUUGGCAACCUACAUGUUGGGAUAAAGAUUCUUAUCUUACAGAUAAGAAGAAUAUUUCAACCAAUGAUAAGGAUAAACAAUAUAGCAGCAUUGCGUCUAAUUUUGAUAAUCAAGCUACGAAUAAAAGGAAGAGGUAGCUGGCAGCAAUUGAAAACGUUCUUUCAAUUUCCCAAAAAUAUUUGCCUGAUGCCGUUAAUCAAGUCCUCCACGUAAUAACAUUUCAACCAAGCCGUAGUUCUCGCCUUAAUGGCAAUGCUUCUAUUUGUCCUGCAGUUGUUGUUGCAUGGUUGCUGGGGUCUCUAUCAGUCUACAUAUUAUCGAUACUUAAGAUGUGAUUUUGUGUAUAAUUGGUAUGAUUAUCAAAAUAUAUGGUUGUAGUUUAAGAUCUUAAACCUUUCUAUAUAUAGUUGUAUCCUUGUGUAUUGUUUAUCAGAACCUCUUAAUAUUGAAUGGAAAUUUGCCUAUUCUUCUCUCUUUCUAUAUGUAUAUAUGAGUUGUGUACCA